GUCGUCGUCGUACCGACCACCGGGGCUGUCGUUCGGCGAUCGGCAGUCGUGUGAUUCUCCGACGCGUCACACUACUCCGGCCGACUCGCGCCCGUCGAGUAGUCCGUAACACGUGAUAAUAAUAUGAUGCGAUACGAUACGAUACGAUAUUAAAAUAUAUCGUACACGCGCGAUAUUCGCCGCACGGUAGUACAGUUUACGGGGACGGUCGUCCGCACUUCGGUCUAGACGGCUUAAACACGACAAUACCCUACGAUAACCGUUACGAUUCAUCGGUGUAGAGUUAUUAUUGUUUCGUCACAAACUUUACUGCGGUUAUUCACGCGCCGCCUUCCGGAAAGCCCAUUAUGCCACGGACGUUCUUCCUGCCCCCGUAACGAAAUCAGUAAACGCUCUCUGGUCAUUAAUUUUCAGUGGAUAAUAUAUUAUUUGUGAACAAGCAUUUGUGAAACUCACGCUCACGGAUGGAACGCGGUAACGAAACUUCCGGAGCCGGUGGCGGUGCAGCGCACAUAUCGCCUUACUGCGGUGACCUGCUUGUCGACUUGCACGAUGUAUAUGUCCACUACCACGGUUAUGCUAGCCUGCUGGUUUGCGCAUUCGGUUCGGUUGCGAAUGUGCUUAACAUCGCCGUGCUGACGCGCAAAGAAAUGGUCUCGCCCACCAACGCCAUUCUUACCGGGCUGGCCGUGGCCGAUCUGCUAGUCAUGGUCGAGUACGUGCCAUUUGCUUACCACAUGUACCUCAGACCGACCAACUAUCCACGCGCCGACCGCUUCUCCUACAAUUGGUCCCUGUUCGUUUUACUUCAUUCGGAUUUUUCGCAAGCUUUUCAUACCAUAUCUAUAUGGCUGACGGUCACCCUAGCCGUAUGGAGGUAUGUGGCUGUGGUACAUCCACAGCUCAACCGGAUAUGGUGCCGGAUGGAGACCACUCUGUCAGCGAUCGCAUUGGGUUACGUAGUGUGCCCUAUCAUCUGCAUACCCAGCUACUUGUCGUUUAAUUUGUUCUCCCGGGUAGAAACAUUGGACGCAAACGGCAACCGUCCGGCGGCGGCGCUACAGUCAGCGCUACGGCGGGCCCAUAACAGCACCGACGUCCACAAUGGCCAUAGCAACGGUGGAGGAGGCAGUGGAAGUGGGGGAGGUAGUGGUGGAGGUGGCGGUGGAAAUGGUAGCCAUGGAGGUGGUGGACCGUUGCGCAACGUCACGCUGUAUUACGUCAACGUUAGCGACUUAGCUACGUCCACGUAUCUGGCUGACAUCAAUUUUUGGGUGUACAGCGUCGUCAUUAAAAUCAUACCAUGCGUGGCACUCACGGUACUCAGCUUGCGGUUGAUAUGUGCGCUGCUCGAGGCCAAACACCGCCGUGCAAAGCUGACGGGCAGUGGCCGCAAGUCAGCCGAAAAAGAGCGGCAAACGGACAGGACAACCCGGAUGCUGUUAGCCGUUCUCAUGUUGUUCCUGAUCACCGAGUUUCCACAGGGCAUACUCGGCCUGCUCACACUGCUGCUCGGCAAGCGCUUCUUCCAGGACUGCUACCAGAACAUGGGUGAAGUAAUGGACAUGCUGGCGCUGGUUAAUUCAGCCAUCAACUUCAUACUGUACUGCGUGAUGAGUCGCCAGUUCCGCAACACGUUUAGCCUACUUUUUUUGCCGUCCUGGUUCUCCAAGGUUGAGUCACAAGCUCUGUCGCACGGUAACCCGACCACCACGCAAGUCACCCAAGUCUAGGGCGACGGCUCUUUUAUGGUCGUCCCACCCCCUUAAUUAACCUGUCGUCGUCGUCAACGUCGUCAUCGUCGUCGUAGCAUUCAUAUGCACCACCCAUCACCCACAAUCUAACGCCACCGAUUAUCAUCGCCAACGACGACGAUGACGGUGACGACUAUGAUCAUAUUAUAAUGUAUACAGAUCAGGUGAUUCAUCGAGCAUGUUCAUUCCCCGCUCCUCUCACACUUUAACUUAAAUAUGCAUUUAUUUAAUUAUUGAUUUUUGGAAUCUGAGGUGUAAUAAAGUAUCAUAUUUUCAAUUCCCUUGAUUUUUAUACCAUUUGUUCAAAGAUGUUCAGUGAUAAUACAAAAUACCACCCAUGCUGGUGCUUAUUUAACAAAUGAAUUUUUAAUUUUUUUCUGGACUUAUUUGUGUAUUUAAAUAUUAAAAUUCUAUCAAGUAUUUUCCAAGCUAUUAACCAUUAUUUAACAAGGAUUUAAAUAAAUA